AUGGACCUUUCGAACUUUUUGAAUCCAGCAGAGGAGGCGAUGGCUCCAUAUAUACAGGUUUCCGAUGCUCAAGAUGAUGAUGAUGAGGAGCCCCAGCGUCCUGUGCUCACCACACAGAACACUAUACAAGCCCUCCAAGCUCUGAUUGAGUUCUCAGAAUCUGAGAAUAGUGGCGUGGAGAGGCAAUUAGUGGCCAAACAGGCCAAUGACUUGGUUCAAGCACCACUAGUUAUAGCCCUUAAGUGGGAUCCUGUUGCUAUAGGACUUGAACGCCUCUUUAGCAUUGUUAAGAGGGUUGUUAGUUGGAUAGGCAGCAGCCUAAAGGAGAAGGAGAGGGAGGAAAAGGAUGCUACUGUCAAGAAGCAGCUUAAGGACCUAGAGUCUAAGUAG